AUGGAUGUUGUGAUCAACUGUCGAGCGGCCGUCUUCUGGGAGGCGGGGAAACCGCUGACCAUUGAGAACAUAACAGUGGAUCCGCCGAAAGGGGGCGAAGUGCGGGUCCGUAUGGUGUCGGCCGGUCUGUGCGCCUCCGAUGCACACUAUAUAUGGGGCCAACAGACGGACGCCGACACCAACUUUGAGGGCAAACCAACCGUAUUGGGUCACGAGGGGGCCGGAGUGGUCGAGUCGGUGGGCGAAGGCGUGACCAGUGUUAAGGCCGGCGAUCACGUCAUACCCCUAUGGAUGCCUAACUGCGAGAAGUGUGACCUCUGCGCUCAUCCGAAGACCAACUUUUGUCUUAGCGUUAAUCCGUUUGAAACAAUGUAUCACCAAAAUAGAGAAACUCGUACUAAACUCAAUGGCAAUGAUUUGCUAUUAUUUGCGGGCACAGGCACUUUUUCCGAGUACACUGUGAUCCGGGAAACACAGUUAGCAAAGAUCAAUCCGAGCGCUGAUCUGAAGACUGUUUGUGUUAUUGGUUGCGCUGUUGGGACGGGUUAUGGCAGUGCUAUCAAUAUAGCUCGAGUACAUCCCGGAGCCAAAUGUGCGGUUUGGGGUUUGGGUGCCAUCGGGUUGUCGGCUCUGUUGGGUUGUAAACAGUCCGGCGCUCACACUAUCAUUGGUAUUGACAUCAAUCCCGACAAAGAGAGUGUCGCCAAAGAGUUUGGUUGCAAUCAAUUCAUUAAUCCUAAAACACUCGACGAACCGAUUGAAAGUUAUUUGCAGAAAAUGGGAGGAAUUGAUUACGCGUUUGAUUGCAUCGGUAACCAACAGGUGCUCGACUCGGCCUACAAAUCAUUGAGCUAUUGGGGUUCACUCACUAUUAUUGGUUUGGGUCCGAAGGGUAAUAAAGUGGACACAAAAGUGGGUGACUUUCUAAUGGGCCGUUCAGUAAACGGCGGACUUUUCGGCAAUUAUAAGCCCCGAAAAGCGAAUCAAGAAAUGGUUGACAAGUAUUUAAGCGGUUCUCUACCUAUCGAUGGCUUAAUUACACAAAGAAUACGUUUGGAUGAAAUCAAUGAAGGCUUUGAUGGUUUGAAAGCCGGCAAAACAGUCCGCACUGUGAUCUCAUGCCGGGCGGCAGUGAUGUGGUCGGAGGGAACGCCACUGAAGGUGGAGAACAUAACAGUGGAUCCGCCAAAAGUGGGUGAAGUGCGCGUACGUAUGGUGUCGGCCGGUGUCUGUGCCAGCGAUGGCCACUUCAUAUGGGGUCACGAAACGGACCUGAGCUACGAGUUUGAAGGCAAUCCGGUGGCGAUGGGUCACGAGGGGGCCGGUGUUGUCGAGUCGGUGGGCGAUGGCGUGACCAGUGUUGAGGUCGGCGACAAAGUGAUGCUCCUAUGGAUGCCUGAGUGCGGCCGAUGCGCCCUCUGUGUCAGCCCGCAGACCAACUUCUGUCUGGCGGCCAAUAAAUACACGGUUUUAUAUCACGACAACAGAGAGACCCGAAUGAAAAUCAAUGGCAAACCUCUCCUCUCAUACGCCGGUGUCAGCACUUUCUCCGAGUAUGUGGUCGUCCGUGAGAUACAGUUAGCGAAACUCAACCCAAGCGCUGAUUUGUUGAAAGUUGGUGUCAUUGGUUGCGCCGUUGGGACGGGUUAUGGCAGUGCUGUCAAUAUAGCUCGAGUACAUCCCGGAGCCAAAUGUGCGGUUUGGGGUUUGGGUGCCAUCGGGUUGUCGGCUCUGUUGGGCUGUAAACAGUCCGGCGCUCACACUAUCAUUGGUGUUGACAUCAAUGCCGACAAAGAGAGUGUCGCCAAAGAGUUUGGUUGCAAUCAAUUUAUUAAUCCUAAAACACUCGACGAACCGAUUGAGAGUUAUUUGCAGAAAAUGGGAGGAAUUGAUUACGCGUUUGACUGCAUUGGUAAUCAACAGGUGCUCGACUCGGCCUACAAAUCACUCACCCCUUGGGGUUCACUCACUAUUAUCGGAUUGGGUCCAAAGGGCAAUGGAUUGAAUGUAAAAGUGGCGGAACUAGUGAAGGGUCGGUACGUUUUGGGCGGCUUUUUCGGCAAUUAUAAGCCGCGUAAAGCCAACCAAGAGUUGGUCGACAAGUAUAUGAACGGCACGCUUCCCAUCGAUGGCUUAAUUAGUAAUACAAUACCUUUGGAUGACAUUAAUAAAGGUUUCGACGAUUUAAAGGCCGGAAAGACAAUACGGACUGUAAUCAAUUGUCGGGCGGCUGUGCUCUGGUCGCCGGGAACUCCGCUAACCAUUGAGAACAUAACAGUGGAUCCGCCACAAGAGGGUGAAGUGCGGGUGCGAAUGGUGUCGGCCGGUCUGUGCGCCUCCGAUGGCCACUUUGUGUGGGGUUGGGAUACAGACAUAAUACUGGACUUGGAGGGUAACCCCUUAGUGAUGGGUCACGAGGGCGCCGGUGUGGUCGAGUCAGUGGGUCCGGGCGUGACGAGUGUGGCGCCGGGCGAUCACGUGAUACCGAUGUGGAUGCCUGAGUGCGGGAAGUGUGACCUCUGUUCGCAUCCCAAAACUAAUCUCUGUCUCAGCGGUGAUAUCGUGUCCUCAAUGUAUCAGAAGAACAAAGAGACCCGAAUGAAGAUCAAUGGCAAACCGUUGCUUUCAAUGACGGGCACCGGCACUUUCUCCGAGUACAAUGUUCUUAGGGAGACACAAGUGGCAAAGAUCAAUCCGAGCGCUGAUCUGAAAACUGUUUGUAUCAUUGGUUGCGCCGUUGGGACGGGUUAUGGCAGUGCUGUCAAUAUAGCUCGAGUACAUCCCGGAGCCAAAUGCGCGGUUUGGGGUUUGGGUGCCAUCGGGUUGUCGGCUCUGUUGGGCUGCAGAGAGGCCGGCGCUCACACUAUCAUUGGUGUUGACAUCAAUGCCGACAAAGAGAGUGUCGCCAAAGAGUUUGGUUGCAAUCAAUUCAUUAAUCCUAAAACACUCGACGAACCGAUUGAGAGUUAUUUGCAGAAAAUGGGAGGAAUUGAUUACGCGUUUGACUGCAUCGGUAACCAACAGGUGCUCGACUCGGCUUACAAAUCAUUGUCCCCUUGGGGUGUGUUAACGGCUAUUGGUUUGGGUCCGAGAGGUAAUGGUGUGAAUGCAAAAGUGGCGGAUCUGGUAAUGGGCCGCACAGUUACUGGCGGGCUCUUUGGUAACCAAAAGCCCCGCAAAACUAAUCAAGAAAUGGUUGAAAAGUAUUUAAGCGGUUCUCUACCUAUCGAUAACUUAAUUACACACAGAAUACGUUUGGAUGAAAUCAAUGAAGGCUUUGAUAGUUUAAAGGCCGGCAAAACAGUCCGCACUGCCACAAUUAACACAAAUCAAUUGGUUAACCGCAAAAACUACGGUACUGUAAUCAAUUGUCGGGCGGCUGUGCUUUGGUCGCCGGGAACUCCGCUAACCAUUGAGAACAUAACAGUGGAUCCGCCACAAGAGGGUGAAGUGCGGGUGCGUAUGGUGUCGGCCGGUCUGUGCGCCAGCGAUGGCCACCUUGUGUGGGGUUGGGAUACAGACCUAAUACUAGACUUGGAGGGCAACCCUAUAGUGAUGGGUCACGAGGGCGCCGGUGUGGUCGAGUCAGUGGGUCCGGGCGUGACGAGUGUGGCGCCGGGCGAUCACGUGAUACCGAUGUGGAUGCCUGAGUGCGAGAAGUGUGACCUCUGUUCGCAUCCCAAAACUAAUCUCUGUCUCAGCGGUGAUAUCGUGUCCGCAAUGUAUCACAAGAAUAAAGAGACCCGAAUGAAGAUCAAUGGAAAACCCCUGCUUUCAAAGGCGGGCACAGGCACUUUUUCCGAGUACAGUGUUAUUAGGGAGACACAAGUGGCAAAGAUCAAUCCGAGCGCUGAUCUGAAAACUGUUUGUAUCAUUGGUUGCGCCGUUGGAGGGGGUUAUGGCAGUUCUGUCAAUAUAGCUCGAGUACAUCCCGGAGCCAAAUGUGCGGUUUGGGGUUUGGGUGCCGUCGGGUUGUCAGCAAUGUUGGGCUGCAAACAGUCCGGCGCUCACAUUAUCAUUGGUAUUGACAUCAAUGCCGACAAAGAAAGUGUCGCCAAAGAGUUUGGUUGCAAUGAAUUCAUUAUUCCUAAAACACUCGACGAACCGAUUGAGAGUUAUUUGCAAAAAAUGGGAGGAAUUGAUUACGCGUUUGACUGCAUCGGUAACCAACAGGUGCUCGACUCGGCCUACAAAUCAUUGACCCCUUGGGGUGUACUAACGGUUCUCGGUUUGGGUCCGAGAGGUAAUGGCGUGAAUGCAAAAGUGGCGGAUUUGGUAAUGGGUCGCACAGUUACCGGCGGUCUCUUUGGUAACCAAAAGCCCCGCAAAACUAAUCAAAAAAUGGUUGAAAAGUAUUUAAGCGGUUCUCUACCUAUCGAUGGCUUAAUUACACACAGAAUACGUUUGGAUGAAAUCAAUGAAGGCUUUGAUAAUUUAAAGGCCGGCAAAACAGUCCGCACUGUCAUUGAGUUUUGA